CAGAGUGUGUAAUGAUUAACUGAGGUGACAUCUCUCCUGCAGCCUGAACCCUGUCCUCAGUGGAUCAGCGGAGCUUUUGUGUUUGCUGUGAAAUGAUGUCCACCCACACCGCUCUGCUCCACUUCUAAUCUUUCCUUCAGCUUUCAGUCCUUUCCAGAGCUCAGCAGCAAAAUAUCUGUAACGUCUGUCAGCGCAGCCAUGUCAAAAUACGACCCCCGUCUUUCCUCCAAGUCUUAACUUAGUGUUUAUGUUGUUGAGAGGAAGGGGUGUGUUGUGGCAAUCUGGAGGAGCAGAAGGGGCUGAUGAAGAUGGGCCUUAGUAUGGUGUUAGUAGGGCAUGUGAACUUCCUGCUGGGUGCUCUGGUCCAUGGUGUGGUGCUGAGACACUUCAGCCUCCAGCGGGGACAGGCCAUGGAAAGCGCCAUCUCCAACGUCAUUGCCCUGGCAGCGGGCCUGCUGGGUGUCAUUAUUGGGAUAUUGACUAUUGUUCUGUCCAAAAACAGAGAGAACAGGGUGCUGACCUGGUCACUGUUUGUGUCAAGUGCUGUAGCCAUUCUAGUGGCUGCCGCUUCGGUCAUUGGCCUGAUGGUGUCCUUGGUAAAGACCAUCAUUCAUGGUGACAAGAGAUUACUCGCUUACUGCGGCUACAGUGAUGGUAGGAGUCACCUAACCAUCGCCAACGAGUGUCCUUUUGACCCCACGCGUAUUUUUAGCACCACAAUAGUCCUGUGGGUCCCACUGAUAUUAAUGAGUGCAGUUGAGAUGGUGUUCUCAUGCCGCUUAUUUAAGGUCUCCAUCUCCUACCUCCGUCUGCCCUGGUGCCUCCGCAAACAACAUUUACAAGAUGAGAGCAGAUUGAUGAAAACCCCGAGAGUGGAUGAGCCCCGUUACUCACCCCUGUCCCAUCGUUGCCAAGGAGACGAGGAGUGGAAGCUAUCCGUUAUUAAACCCCCAGAGCGGCACAGGCCACCCUACAACUCACGACCGCUCCGCUCCACGUUCUCCGGUCAGUACCGCCAACAGCCCUCCGCAUCCCCGUUCAACCGUGCAGCACUGGAAAGGUCCAGUAUCUGGAUCUGAUUAUAAACUGGACCGUGGCUCUGGCAUCAUUCAGGGAUCAUGUGCAUUUUAAACUUUGAAUGUUACAUUGGUGCUUGUACAGAUCGGAUCUGUUUGUAUCUUUAUCACUCAUGGAUCGUCACUUUGCGUGUGUGUUGCGUUAUUACAUUAAACCUACCUAUUUAAAAACUUUUAUGCUAAAAAUGUGCAUGCAAGUUUAACAUACAUUGGAAAGUCAGAAUUCCCCCACGGUAACUGAAAUCUUAAAAGAUUAGUUCACUUCCAGAAUAAAAAUCUCCUAAUAAGUUACUCACCCCCAUGUCAUCCAAGAUGUAAUCACAUUGGAGAGGUCACGUGUUGUUAGUCCAUUGUCUGUGUAUUUCGGUUUAAAAAGGUAGGGUAGAAGAAAAACUCCAGCUCAUUUUCUCCUCCAGCUUAUAAAUCGUCUGACGUCAUUUUUUGUUAAGGGCGUUUGACUUUCUUUGCAUAUUCUCUUUGUAAACACUGGGUCAUACUUGUGCCUAUAUCACGCGUGACCUUUCCAACGUGAUUACGUAAUGCGAGGACACAGAGCACCGAGAUGAGCAUUUGUGGUUUAGAAGUAUAUAAAUAGUUUUUUUUUUCUUUAGAAAAUCUAUCGAACUUUCUACUUAAAAAUUAGUUAAUAUAAGUUUCUUUUCAUUUCACUUUAGUUAAUGAGCAUUUUAAUUUCUUUACCUUUACCUGUUGAAUCCUGUUUGUUGCCUUCAGUUUAAAAUGCAUUCUUAAGCAUUGCAUUCUGGGAAAUUAAGUGUUCUUCCACUUGGAGUUUCAAAAAAUAAUUUAUUAAAUAUGCUGAUUAAAUAUC